AUGCCUCCCCCACGCCUCAUCCUCCUCCUCCCCCACGCCUCAUCCUCCUCCUCCCCCAUGCCCCCCCCCACGCCUCAUCCUCCUCCUCCCCCAUGCCUCCACCCCACGCCUCAUCCUCCUCCUCCCCCCACGCCUCAUCCUCCUCCUCCCAUGCCUCCCCUCUCUCCCAUGCCUCCCCCCACGCCUCAUCCUCCUCCUCCUCCCCCAUGCCCCCCCACGCCUCAUCCUCCUCCUCCUCCCCCCAUGCCUCCCCCCACGCCUCAUCCUCCUCCUCCUCCCAUGCCUCCUCCUCCCAUGCCUUCUCCUCCCAUGCCUCCUCCUCCCAUGCCUCCUCCUCCCAUGCCUCCACCUCCCAUGCCUUCUCCUCCCAUGCCUUCUCCUCCCAUGCCUUCUCCUCCCAUGCCUUCUCCUCCCAUGCCUUCUCCUCCCAUGCCUCCUCCUCCCAUGCCUCCUCCUCCCAUGCCUUCUCCUCCCAUGCCUUCUCCUCCCAUGCCUCCUCCUCCCAUGCCUUCUCCUCCCAUGCCUUCUCCUCCCAUGCCUCCUCCUCCCAUGCCUCCUCCUCCCAUGCCUACUCCUCCCAUGCCUUCUCCUCCCAUGCCUCCUCCUCCCAUGCCUUCUCCUCCCAUGCCUCCUCCUCCCAUGCCUCCUCCUCCCAUGCCUUCUCCUCCCAUGCCUCCUCCUCCCAUGCCUCAUCCUCUUCCUCCCAUGCCUCCCCCCACACCUCAUCCUCCUCCUCCCCCCCAUGCCUCCCCCACGCCUCAUCCUCCUCCUCCCCCUCCGCCUCAUCCUCCUCCUCCCCCCCCGCCUCAUCCUCCUCCUCCUCCCAUGCCUCCCCCCACGCCUCAUCCUCCUCCUCCCAUGCCUUCUCCUCCCAUGCCUCCUCCUCCCAUGCCUUCUCCUCCCAUGCCUUCUCCUCCCAUGCCUCCUCUUCCCACGCCUCAUCCUCCACCUCCCAUGCCUUAUCCUCCCAUGCCUCCUCCUCCCAUGCCUUCUCCUCCCAUGCCUCCUCCUCCCAUGCCUUCUCCUCCCAUGCCUCCUCCUCCCAUGCCUCCACCUCCCAUGCCUUCUCCUCCCAUGCCUCCUCCUCCCAUGCCUUCUCCUCCCAUGCCUUCUCCUCCCAUGCCUUCUCCUCCCAUGCCUCCUCCUCCCAUGCCUCCUCCUCCCAUGCCUUCUCCUCCCAUGCCUUCUCCUCCCAUGCCUCCUCCUCCCAUGCCUUCUCCUCCCAGGCCUUCUCCUCCCAUGCCUCCUCCUCCCAUGCCUCCUCCUCCCAUGCCUACUCCUCCCAUGCCUUCUCCUCCCAUGCCUCCUCCUCCCAUGCCUUCUCCUCCCAUGCCUCCUCCUCCCAUGCCUCCUCCUCCCAUGCCUUCUCCUCCCAUGCCUCUUCCUCCCAUGCCUCCCCCCACGCCUCAUCCUCCUCCUCCCAUGCCUCCUCCUCCCAUGCCUCCUCCUCCCAUGCCUCCUCCUCCCAUGCCUUCUCCUCCCAUGCCUCUUCCUCCCAUGCCUCCCCCCACGCCUCAUCCUCCUCCUCCCAUGCCUCCUCCUCCCAUGCCUCUUCCUCCCAUUCCUCCCCCACCGCCUCAUCCUCCUCCUCCCAUGCCUCCACCUCACAUGCCUCCUCCUCCCAUGCCUCCCCCCACGCCUCAUCCUCCUCCUCCCAUGCCUCCUCCUCCCAGCAGGGAUGCUGGGUUGGGGGCGAGGGACGAGAGCAGGGACGCUGGGUUGGGGGCGAGGGACGAGAGCAGGGACGCUGGGUUGGGGGCGAGGGACGAGAGCAGGGAAGAUCAGAAACUAUUUAAUAACGCUGGGUUGGGGGCGAGGGACGAGAGCAGGGACGCUGGGUUGGGGGCGAGAGCAGGGACGAGGGUUGGGGGCGAGCAGGGACGCUGGGUUGGGGGCGAGGGACGAGAGCAGGGAAGAUCAGGGGUUUACGCUGGGUUGGGGGCGAGGGACGAGGGACGCUGGGUUGCAGGGACAGGGAAGCUGGGUUGGGGCAAGGGACGAGAGCAGGGAAAACACCCUCUCAUGGUCCUCCAGGUCCUCCAGAACAACCUCUCAUGGUCCUCCCUCUCCCUCUCAUGGUCCUCCAGAACACCCUCUCAUGGUCCUCCCUCUCAAGGUCCUCCAGAACACCCUCUCAUGGUCCUCCCUCUCCCUCUCAAGGUCCUCCAGAACAACCUCUCAUGGUCCUCCCUCUCCCUCUCAUGGUCCUCCAGAACACCCUCUCAUGGUCCUCCAGAACACCCUCUCAUGGUCCUCCAGAACACCCUCUCAUGGUCCUCCAGAACACCCUCUCACGGUCCUCUAGAACACCCUCUCACGGUCCUCCAGAACACCCUCUCACGGUCCUCCAGAACACCCUCUCACGGUCCUCCAGAACACCCUCUCACGGUCCUCCAGAACACCCUCUCAUGGUCCUCUAGAACACCCUCUCACGGUCCUCUAGAACACCCUCUCACGGUCCUCCAGAACACCCUCUCACGGUCCUCCAGAACACCCUCUCACGGUCCUCCAGAACACCCUCUCACGGUCCUCCAGAACACCCUCUCACGGUCCUCUAGAACACCCUCUCACGGUCCUCCAGAACACCCUCUCGCGGUCCUCCAGAACACCCUCUCACGGUCCUCCGGAACACCCUCUCACGGUCCUCCGGAACACCCUCUCAGAACACCCUCUCACGGUCCUCUAGAACACCCUCUCGCGGUCCUCCAGAACACCCUCUCGCGGUCCUCCAGAACACCCUCUCGUGGUCCUCUAGAACACCCUCUCAUGGUCCUCCAGAACACCCUCUCAUGGUCCUCCAGAACACCCUCUCAUGGUCCUCCAGAACACCCUCUCAUGGUCCUCCAGAACACCCUCUCAUGGUCCUCCCUUUCAUGGUCCUCCAGAACACCCUCUCAUGGUCCUCCCUCUCCCUCUCAUGGUCCUCCAGAACACCCUCUCAUGGUCCUCCAGAACACCCUCUCAUGGUCCUCCAGAACACCCUCUCAUGGUCCUCCAGAACACCCUCUCAUGGUCCUCCAGAACACCCUCUUAUGGUCCUCCAGAACACCCUCUUCAGCCCAAGCAAACAGGAAAUACAUACGAAAAAAAAACUGGAAUAAACACAGCUAA